GUCACUCGAACUCGAUCCCCUUCUUCGCACACUCGCCCGGUUUGUUCCAUUCCGAUUCCCUUCGCCAUUGCAUCAAAAUUCGGGCUUACACCCAAACCCUCCCCUCUCCCUCCUCCUCGAUCCCUCUCCAUGAUCGUCUCCUUCUCCCUAGGGUUCCUCCUAGGGUUCCUGACCCUCCUCGCCGCCGAGGGGUUGGCGCUUCUGUGGGUUCUCGAUCGGCUGCGGCGGAGCAAGGCGGGGUCCGCGGCGGCGGAACCGCGCGAGGGCCGUGAUCUCCAGGGCGAGCGCCCGAUCACGUACCCGGUCAACAAGCAGGGUUUUGUUUGGGUAUUAGAACCAGAAAAGGUUCUAAAGAUUAGUACUGAUGGAUUACCUGUUGGAGUUUCCAAGGAGCCAAAGAAGAAAAAUAUUGUGGAGGUCUGUCCUGUAAAAAAGUAUGCCAAAAUUAACGACCACUCUCUCAUCUUGAUUGAUACAGAUGGUUCUACAACUAUUGAUCUCCUGGAUUGCACAGUUGUUGCUGUUUCUGCUUCAAACCUAUCUUCGCGUAAGUGGGCAAAGAGGUACCCUAUUAGAUUGGAAAGUAAAGAAUCAAAGCUCUAUAAUGGAAGUAAAACAUGCUAUUUGUACAUGGACACAUCUUGGGAGAAGGAAUCAUGGUGUAAGGCACUUCGCCUUGCAUCUUGUCCUGAUAGGGAUAAAUUGCUUUGGUAUAUGCAGUUAAGUGAAGAAUUUCACAAUUAUUUAGAUUUGUUGAAUGCUGAAUACCCUUUCUUCCUCAAGCCCUCAGUAUUUUUUGGUGAGGAUGCAGACAAAACUAGUCAGAAGACUACUGGGUCUUCAAAAGUUCGCCUUUUCCUGAAAAAGCUUGCCAAAAAAGCUUCUACAAAAGCUGGUUUAGAAUCUAAAAUCACUACUGAUUCAUCUGCACGCGGUGAAAGAAAAAUCGUUGAAAAGUUGCGUGGCGUAUCGUCAACUGAUGCAUUUAUAAAGAGUUCUCAAGAAGAGAAAUCCUCCAUCAAUUCUUUGCAAGAUCUUGUGCAACCUAGUUCCCCAACUUCUUCUUUGGGCUCUAAAGGCCAGCCCCACGUGUCUUCUGAUGGAGCUUUUGAUGAUAAGUUUGUUGGUGAUGAGGGUACACUUUGUUGGAACCUGUUAUUUUCACGGCUAUUUUUUGAUGCCAAAAGAAGUGAUGAGAUAAACAAUGCCAUCAAAGCACGCUUUCAGCGAACACUAUCAAAUAUGAGGACACCUGCAUACAUUGGUGAAGUUACCUGCACUGGAUUUGAUAUCGGAAAUCUUCCACCUUAUAUUCACAAAAUGAAAAUCCUUCCAAUGGACUUGAAUGAGGUGUGGGCUGUGGAACUUGAGUUUGAAUACUCCGGUGGCAUAAUAUUAGAUAUUGUGACGAGGCUUGAAGUUCGUGAACCCGAGUUGCAGAAGGACAUGAUCGAAAAAAGUUUUGAAACAGAUUCUAGUGGGGCAGUAGCUUCUGAUCUUCUUGAGGGCAUUGAGCAUUAUGGAAAUCAAUUUAAAUCUUCUGGAGACCUGGCUGCUCAAAUAGAGAAUAAAAAUGAAGUAGAUGGGUUAAGACAAUCAAAGAGCUUAGGUUGGACUUCAAGUUACAUGUCAAGGUGGAAGGGUAUUCUACAUUCAUUUGCUGAACAAGUUUCACAGGUACCACUGUCGUUGGCAAUAAAGGUUACAUCAGUACGAGGAACUCUACGGCUGCACAUAAAGCCACCACCUUCUGAUCAACUGUGGUAUGGUUUUACAUCAAUGCCAGAAAUAGACUGGAACUUGGAGUCUUCAGUUGGUGAUCGCAAAAUCACCAGCAGCCACAUAGCUUUACUUAUCAGCAAUAAAUUUAAGGCUGCACUUCGCGAAAGUUUGGUACUUCCAAACUGUGAAAGUAUCUGCAUCCCAUGGAUGCUAGCAGAGAAGGAUGAUUGGGUUCCACGCAAAAUUGCUCCAUUUAUUUUUAUAAAUCAAGAGCCAGUCGAUAUGAGAGGGCUUAAUGCUUCAACCUCGCAAUCUGAGGAAUCUAAGUUGAAGGUUGAGAAUAGUAAAGAGGAUAAAACUGGUCCUACUCACUCUUCAGGGAAGAAAGAUGAUACAUUGAAAACUGUAGUAGAUGUUCAACAAAUACCCAAGGAAUUCCCUGCGGAGUCUUCGGAUUCUCGUAGUUCUUUGGCCGGAAUAAAUGAGGAGUUGAGGAUACCAUUGUUAGGGAUGAACAGCCUACAAGAAAGUAAUUGUGAGACAGGAGAGGACUUCCCUGUGAAUUCAUCAAGGGAAAUAGUGGCAGUAGAAGAGCAAUCAUCUCUUGAAGAGGAUACGAGGCCAAAAAGAACGGGUCGGAGAGCAAGAAUGAUGGAUUUUGGGAAGAGGAUGGGGGACAAGCUAGAAGAGAAGAGGCGCCAUAUUGAGGAAAAAAGUAGGCAUAUUGUUGAGAAAAUGCGAGAAAACACUAGGACGUGAAAUGAGAAGAGAGACUGCGAAAAUUGGACACCGUGAUGCUGUGAAAAUUGGGUACUAUGAUAGAAAUAGCAUGACUGCUAUUGAUUAGCUUGAAUGGGUGAACAUAUUAGAAUUGGUCUCCGAUAAUCUGUAGCAUUGCAUUCCAAGGGUUUGUACAGUUUAUUUUACGGGGAAUCGCACAUUUGGUCCUCAAACUAUGAGGCGUGUGACAUUUUGGUCCUCAAACUUUAAUUCAUUACAAUUUUGCCUUGAAUUUUUAGAAUUUUUCCAAUCAAGACCUACAAUCCAAUUUAUUUGACAUCUUAAUUAUUAAUGUAUCAUCAAUUAUAAUAUUGUUAUAUCAUAUCCAUAUUAACGCUGCAUCAAAUACUUAGUCAAUUAAAUUGGAUUGUAGGAUUUGAUUGCAACAGUUCUAAAAGAUCGAGAUAGAAAUUAUAGUAAAUUAAAGUUUGAGCAUCAAAGUGUCAUGCACCUCACAGUUUGAGGAUCAAACAAUCAAUUUGCCCGCUAUUUUACUUGUAGAAAUGGCAUGAACUUUUCUUUCUGAGUUGCCUUUGUAUACAAACUGGUGUAGUCCAUUUUACUUUCCUUCCUGCAACGAAAUAAACAGAUAUUCUUGCUCUUGUUAUGUUUUUGUUUUCCUUGUAUAUUUGUCUUGAAGAUGACAUUCUCAGGCUGACUUGCUAUCAAAGUUGUUCCUUUCAUCAAAA